CAUACACCAAUACAGAACCCGUUCACUUCAGAAGUUAGGGCACUUGAUGUAAGAUGUAACAUAUCUUGUCGAUCUUUGGGAUCACGAAUUGUAACAAAUUAGACAUCAAUUACAAAGCAUCAUCAGUUAUUAUUCCAUUAAUAAGAUUUUUGGAGUAAAAAUAAAAAACAAACAGUCAUUUGUUGAAUCAAUUCAAAGACAAACAACAAGUGAGAUCUGACAACAUGGCGGAAACUGAAGAGCCAAAGAAGAAGAAGAAAAUUGGUGAAACAUGCAAGAAAGUGCUCAAAUUUUUGUUCUCACAUAUAGGGCUUUGUAGCAUGGUGGUCGGUUAUUCGGUGGCCGGUGGGUUUAUAUUUGAGCAUCUCGAAAAACACAAUGAAUGGACGGAGUGUGUUAAAGCAAGAGACCAAUAUUUGCCAAAAGAAAAUGAAACAAUUGAUAGACUCAUGGAAAUUGUUACAAGCACUUUGGCUGUCUCGAAAACAGAAGAAGAAUUCAACAAAACAUUGCGAACUUUUCGGCUAAAUGUUUUGGAGAUCGGCUACGAUGGAAAAGACUGUGAUAAUAUGGGUGAAAAGGGGGGCCCGUCGUUUCAGUGGACUUUUCCCGGAGCUCUUUUAUUCUCAGUCACUGUCAUUACUACAAUAGGCUAUGGGAAUAUUGCACCGAAGACCUUUUGGGGGAGACUCGUAUGCAUCGCCUACGCCACCCUUGGGAUCCCACUCAUGUUGUUGUGCCUCGCUAACAUCGGUGACGUCAUGGCCGACAUCUUCAGAUUCAUCUACGCUAAGGUCUGUUGUUGUGGCUGUUGCAGAAGGAGAGAUAAAACCAAAGUUGUUGAGAUCGACUCUCCGUCAAGAGGAGGCCCCGCGUGGAAUUCUGGCAAAGGGGAUAUUGGGUUCAAUCCUGGGCAGAACGCACCGGUCGGUGCUGACCCGAAUAAACCCCGACCUCCAUCGGCAACAUCGUCCACGCGCCAACGAAGCUCUCUUGGCUCGAAAUCACCAUUCCCAGAGACGCUACCCGGUCCGCCACCACCAAGGGCCGGUCCGAUGAUAAUCGAUGAUGACUCCGACGACGAAGAUGAAGAAGACGAGAAAAUAACCGUACCCCUCACCAUCACUAUGGUCGUAAUUGCCGGAUACAUUUUCGGAGGAGCUCUCCUCUUCGGAGUCUGGGAAGCAUGGCCGCCACUCAAGGCGUCCUAUUUCUGUUUCGUCACUCUUACCACUAUUGGGUUCGGGGAUGUAGUCCCAGGAGCGGCGAACUUUGAGACGUCCCAAGCACAAGUACAGAUGAUUCUCAGCUCUGUUUACAUGUUGUUUGGAAUGGCGAUCGUCUCCAUGUGCUUCAGCUUGAUGCAGGAUGAGAUCGUUGCUAAAUUCACUUGGGUUGGCCAGAAAUUGGGCAUCAUUGAUAAGAAGAAAGUAGAGGACGACGAGGAGUGACUAAGCAAACAACAUCUCAAGCGUGAAUAAACCAACUUACAAAUGUCGUUAGGAAGGAAUCUAAAUUCUCAUUGUGAAAAUUAAAACGACGUUCAAACGUUUUUCUAUCCUAUAUGUUUGCCUUGACGAAUGAGUGUCGCCUUAAACUAUCUCAAACGAAUUAUCGAUGAAAUUAUUCUAUAAAGUUGAUUUAACUAUAUCCAACACUUAACUAUUUAUUAUGUGAACGCUACAUAUAGAGGAUUCCUUUGACGUUGUCGUCCUAUAUUCAUGAUUAAGACUACAUAACGUCGUGUGACACAAAUAUCAAAAAUGAUCGUGUGUCUGUAACUCCAAUUCCAAGAAUCCGUCCAUUUGCAAUUGGGAAAUGCCUAACGUAUACAUGUGGAUGAUAAUGUACAGGUCGAAAAACGUAGAAUGCAAAAGAAAGAGACAAGGAAAUAAUACCCACUGUGUAAAAUGUUUAAUAUGCCCUGCUUAUAACUGGCAAUUUUCGUUUAUUUGAUCUAUAUUAUCUGUGAGAAGCAAAAUUCAGCGAUGACAAGAAUACUGAUAUCUGCUUAUACGGAACCAGGAAAAGUACAAUUUAAUGUGAAUGUAAAGCUAGUCGUUGGAUCCAUCGAGGAAGGAAUACCUGCUGUUGAUGCACGGUGUUCAUACCUACACGUCUGUCCGUGUGAUGUGACCAGCUCAUGUCAUAGUAAUACAACAUUAUGAAACUCAAUCGAUUGUAAACAGGAACGGAAGAUGAAAAA